AUGGAUGGUGUUCCUAUUGGUAGAAAAGUUGAUCUCAAAGCUUAUCAUAGCUAUGAAAAUCUCUCCAUAGCUGUGGAUGAACUCUUUAGAGGACUCCUUAAAGCUCAAGGAGAUUCUUGUGGAAGUAAGAAAAAUGAAGAUGAAGAAAAAGUGGUUAGUGGAAUAUUGGAUGGAAGUGGAGAAUAUACUCUUGUAUAUGAGAAUAAUGAAGGAGACAGGAUGCUUGUUGGUGAUGUCCCAUGGCAUAUGUUUGUAUCAACAGUGAAGAGACUUAGAGUGUUGAAGAGUACAGAGCUUUCUGCAUUUACACUUAGGACUACUAAGCAAGAGAAGAUAUGUACUUGA